AACUCCGGGCGCGCGGCUGGUGGGCCCAGCUGCGCGGCGGCGGCCAAGGGGGUAGGCCCGGCCUUCCCUGAGCAGCUGAUUGGUCGGCCCCCUAAAGCGGCGGUCGCGGCUCCUGGAACUGUCACCUCCGCCUGGGAAGAUGGAAGAGCUGAGUCAAGCCCUGGCUAGUAGCUUUUCUGUGUCUCAAGAUCUGAACAGCACAGCUGCCCCACACCCCCGCCUGUCCCAGUACAAGUCCAAGUACAGUUCCCUGGAGCAGAGUGAGCGGCGCCGCCGAUUAUUGGAACUGCAGAAAUCUAAGCGGCUGGAUUAUGUGAAUCAUGCCAGACGACUGGCUGAAGAUGACUGGACAGGGAUGGAGAGUGAGGAAGAAGAAGAUAAGAAAGAUGAUGAAGAGAUGGACAUUGACACUGGCAAGAAGUUACCAAAACGCUAUGCUAAUCAAUUGAUGCUGUCUGAGUGGUUGAUUGACGUCCCUUCAGAUCUGGGCCAGGAGUGGAUCGUGGUCGUGUGCCCUGUUGGGAAAAGAGCCCUGAUCGUGGCCUCCAGGGGCUCUACCAGUGCCUACACCAAGAGUGGCUACUGCGUCAACAGGUUUUCUUCCCUUCUGCCCGGAGGCAACAGGCGAAACUCAGUGACAGCAAAAGACUACACCAUUCUGGACUGCAUUUACAGUGAGGUGAACCAGACCUACUAUGUUCUGGAUGUGAUGUGCUGGCGGGGACACCCUUUUUAUGACUGCCAGACCGAUUUCCGAUUCUACUGGAUGCAUUCGAAGUUACCAGAAGAAGGACUGGGAGAGAAAACCAAGCUCAAUCCCUUUAAAUUUGUAGGACUAAAGAAUUUCCCUUGUACCCCUGAGAGCUUGUGUCAGGUGCUGUCAAUGGAUUUCCCUUUUGAGGUAGACGGACUUCUCUUCUACCACAAGCAGACCCACUAUAGCCCUGGAAGCACUCCUCUUGUGGGCUGGCUGCGCCCCUACAUGGUGUCAGAUGUUCUCGGGGUGGCUGUGCCAGCUGGCCCUCUGACCACCAAGCCGGAAUAUGCUGGGCAGCAGCUCCAGCAGAUUAUCGAGCACAAGAGGAGGGGCCAGGAAGGCACAGAGAAAGUCACACACAAGGCCUCUGAGAAUGGGCGCUAUGAGCUGGAACACCUGUCUACCCCCAAGCCGAAGAGCCCUCCUGACCGCCUGGACCCCCCUGGGAGCCUCAUGGAGAACUAAACAAAGUGGCUCCUUGGGGAGUCAGUCACAGGACUUUGCUUGCUGGGGAGGAGGACAGCGGCAACAACAGGUGACUUCAUUUUAGAGUGGACUUUCCAAAGCGACUCCAGCUGGAAACAGCUUAUCUCCUAUCUGAAAUGCUGGCUCAGGCAGUUGAGGGAGGUUUCCAGAUUGGAUGGGUUUGGGUUUGGGGAUUUGAGAAGUCACUCCCAUGAAAAGUGUGUCCCAGAUAUCUACAAUGUAAAUACAUGUAAUUCUUUAAGAAA